AUGAAUCGCUCUCAGCAAGGAAACACAUAUUCAACGAUUUGUUCGAAAUUGUGUGCGGUACGCUGGUUUCAUCGCAAUACGGCAGGAUAUGACCCUGGUGUGAAUGCCAGUCAUGCGAUUUUACUUCGAGGAAUUCGGCGAUUUACCAAUCCUGUCGUUAAGCAGCAGCCUCUGACAGCACGCCUGCUUCUAGCACCUAAGCGAGCCAUGGUAGUUGGCAUCUCUCUCAAUGGAGCCAAAAACAACCAAUUCGGCUGUGAGGAAAUGCGUUACCACAGCAAGUCAAAGGAUCCGCUGAUCUGUCCGGUUCGAGCAGCGCGAUGGCCGGCUUUGAUCCGGCACGAUUUUCCACUCAUUCUGUUCGAAUAG